AUGGAGCGCUAUGAGUCUCUCGGUCCGGUCGGGGAAGGCAGUUACGGCACCGUGCUCAAGUGCCGCCACCGAGACUCCGGUCGCCUCGUCGCCAUCAAGAAAUUCAUGGACUCCGACGACGACAAGGCGGUGAAGAAGAUCGCCCUCAGGGAGAUCAAGCUGCUCAGGCAACUCCGUCACGACAACCUGGUGAACCUCCUAGAAGUGUGGAAGCGGCGUCGCCGCUGGUAUCUGGUGUUUGAGUUUGUGGACCGGACGCUUCUGGAGGAUCUGGAGCAUAAUCCGACUGGACUAGACCUGAACACCAGCCGGCAGUACCUGUACCAGAUCCUGAGGGCCACCGCCUUCUGCCACCAGCAAAAUAUCAUCCACCGUGACAUUAAACCAGAGAACAUACUCAUCUCUCAAGGGGGUGUGGUCAAGCUUUGCGAUUUCGGCUUUGCCCGCACCGUAGCAUCGCCUUCUGAAGGUGGCGUCUACACCGACUACGUAGCCACUCGUUGGUACAGAGCACCUGAACUGCUGGUUGGAGACAUCAAAUACGGCAAACCAGUAGAUGUGUGGGCGUUGGGGUGUCUGUUAAUAGAGAUGCUAACGGGUCAGCCUCUGUUCCCCGGAGACUCUGACCUCGACCAGAUAUACCACAUCAUCAGGUGCUUCGGUAACCUGACAACUCAUCACCAGGAGUUGUUCUACAGAAAUCCGGUCUUUUCUGGAGUCAGACUGCCUGAAUGUUCUGGUCGAGUCCAGCUGCAGCAGCGCUUCCCUACAAUUACACCCGCUGCCCAGGAUCUGGCACAGAGCUGUCUAGAGAUGGAUCCAGAAAGACGAGCUCAGUGUUCGGAGCUCUUGGAGCAUCAUCUCUUCACACAGGAUUCUUUCCACAUCAGGUGUGUUGACAAGUCAAGGCAUCAUGGAGGCAUUUAUAGCCGACAGGCCCAACCGUUCCUGUCCAACCAUAUAACAGGAUCCCUCACCUGCCAGGCGUCAGAGAAGAGUCUGAUCUCCAACAGUGGCGGCAUCGCAGUAACUAAAAAUAAACCACACAUCCAUUUUCGGGAUCUGAGAAGCUCAGCGCUGCCGGAGCUUCGAGGAAGAGAAGGCAAACACAACAAAGGCACUACGAAGGAUCAGAGGAAAGACAAACCUCCAGCUCCGUCCGGUUCACCAUCACAGCCUCAGCAGCAGGGACACGACAGUAGCGACACAAACACACAACAACCAACACAACAAAGCUCCUGAUUUACUCACAACAUCAACAUGAACAAAACGGAUUCACCUGAAAGCAGACCUCAUGUUUU